AUGCCUUACAUUUACUUUCAGCGUGAAUGCAUCUCUAUCCACGUUGGUCAAGCUGGCACUCAAAUCGGCAAUGCCUGUUGGGAAUUGUACUGCUUAGAACAUGGUAUCCAGCCUGAUGGUCAAAUGCCAUCUGAUAAAACUAUCGGAUAUGGCGAUGACUCUUUCAACACCUUCUUUAGCGAAACUGGCGCGGGUAAACACGUCCCACGUGCAGUUUUCGUUGAUUUAGAACCUACCGUUGUCGAUGAGGUUCGCACUGGUACGUACAGACAACUCUUCCACCCUGAACAACUUAUCAGUGGUAAAGAAGAUGCUGCUAAUAACUACGCUCGUGGCCAUUAUACCGUCGGUAAAGAACUCGUCGAUCAAGUACUUGACCGUAUCCGUAAAUUAGCCGAUAUGUGUACCGGUCUUCAAGGUUUCCUUAUCUUCCACUCUUUCGGUGGUGGUACCGGAUCUGGAUUCACUUCUCUUCUUAUGGAACGUCUAUCAGUCGAUUAUGGUAAAAAAUCAAAAUUAGAAUUUGCCAUUUAUCCAGCUCCCCAAAUCGCCACGGCCGUAGUCGAGCCAUAUAACUCGAUCUUGACUACUCACACUACUUUGGAACACUCUGACUGCGCUUUCAUGGUCGAUAACGAAGCUACUUACGAUAUCUGUCGUCGUAAUUUAGAUAUCGAGCGUCCUACUUACACAAACUUGAAUCGUUUAAUCGGACAAAUCGUAUCGUCUAUCACCGCAUCAUUGCGUUUCGACGGUGCCUUGAACGUCGAUUUAACAGAAUUUCAGACUAACUUGGUACCAUACCCACGUAUCCAUUUCCCAUUGACCACAUACUCUCCAGUUAUCUCGGCCGAGAAAGCUUAUCACGAACAACUUACUGUUUCUGAAAUUACAAACGCUUGCUUCGAGCCCGCUAACCAGAUGGUAAAAUGCGAUCCUCGUCAUGGUAAAUACAUGGCAUGUUGUUUACUAUACCGUGGCGAUGUUGUACCUAAAGAUGUUAACGCAGCUAUUGCUACUAUCAAGACCAAACGUACUAUCCAGUUUGUAGAUUGGUGUCCAACCGGUUUCAAAGUCGGUAUUAACUAUCAGCCACCUACUGUCGUUCCAGGAGGCGAUUUAGCUAAAGUACAACGUGCAGUAUGUAUGUUGAGUAAUACUACAGCUAUCGCCGAAGCAUGGGCUCGUUUAGAUCAUAAAUUCGAUUUAAUGUACGCCAAACGCGCUUUUGUUCAUUGGUAUGUCGGCGAAGGUAUGGAAGAAGGCGAGUUUUCUGAAGCUCGUGAAGAUUUAGCAGCAUUAGAGAAAGAUUACGAAGAAGUGGGUGCCGACUCAGUCGACGAUGAAGGCGAAGAAGGAGAAGAUGAAUACUAA